AUGGCACAACUGCGUGAGACCUUUGCAGUCUCCGUCUUGGAAGGCUCUCUGCUUUCGGCGCUCGCCAGCACCAGGGCAGAAUUUGAGCAGACUGCGGGGGCUUUGUUCGCAAAGUUGGAGAAGGGCUUGCAAAGCGCACAAGAGGCAAACCAAAAGGUCCAAGAGGCCAUGGACAACUACCGCCGCUCGUCCAUCCAGGAUCCAAGCCGUCCAACCGGCUGGUUAAGCCAGGAGCACAAGGAGCAUCCGGAUGGCUGGUUGCAAGAGCAUCGGUUGGCUUGCCAAAGGUUGCAAGUUGUGCUGAGCAUUUCCGUUGAUGCCAGGGAUGCGAUGUUUACAGCGGAGGCAGCCGAGGAGCUACUCCUGCAAAGUGCAACUGGCAUUGACGAUGUGAAGACCAAAGUGGAGCUGUUGGCUUUUUGUUCCGCACGUGGCUUGCCAGUCGUGAGUGCAUUGGGCAGCGGAGCUAAAGAUGACCCCACAAAGAUUUGUGUUGCGCAAGGACUGCGGGAUAUCGACAACGAUCCCCUAGCAACCAAGCUCCGGAAGGCUUGCAGCACCCAAGGCAUGGAUUGGAGCCACAUCUCCUUUAUCUACAGCUCACAAAAAGUUCAGCGAGCCUUGCUACCCCUCAGUGAUGAGCAACGCAGCAACCCAGAAGAGUUUGGCAGUGUGGCAAAUUUUCGUCUGCGUGUCAUCCCUGUUCUUGGACCGCAGCCUGCUGCCGCAGGAAUGGCUAUUGCAUCACAGGUUUUAAACCGCCUGGACAACUUGGAGGAAUAUUGGCCUCAGCCUACUCCAGCCCCACGUCGCAAUCUCGUUGAUAAGCUCUUGGACAGCUUCAAGCGCGAUGAGCUGAACGCGUCUGGAGGUCGCAGUUGCCUAGUAGAUGUGACACCAGUGGAGGCGACUUUCAUGGUGCACGAGGUAUGGUUGAGACGGAGUGCUCUAAACCCAGAGUUGGAUGCUUUUGCUGCCACUGGCAUCCGCUUCACUCUCUGCAAGUGGGAUGCACGGAAAUCAGCUACUGCAAACAACCUCAUUUUGGCAACUGUGAAGGAAGCUGAGAAGCAUAGGACUCCUGAAGAUGCUUCCCCGGAGGUCCGAAAGCGAGUCGAGGCCUUGCUUUCAUGGGCGACGACAUGCCUUGAGAAACCACUGACGCUGCCAUGUAAUGAGGAUGAGCAAGCUACAAAACAUGCAGAACAAAACGAGAAUCCGGAGAAUGAGCAUUGGCUCGCCUCUAGACGAGGUGAGUCUCCCACACUGGAUGCCGAAGAGAUGGCUUUAGUCACUGAACAACUUUCUAGAAGCUCAUCAUUCUUAGGUUCUGGUCAAGAAAAAGUGCAGAAGUCUUUUGUGGUGAUCAUUGGCUUGGGAGCUGUUGGUAGUUCAGCUGCCAUCCUGCUCGCCAGAGCAGGGGUAGGAAAGCUGCGCUUGGUAGAUGGGGCAGUUGUGCGCUCGACUGCAGAUCACGCUUUGGCCAAAGCCGCAGAUAUUGGACGCGCAAAAGUUGAUGUUUGUAAGGAGGCAAUCCUCCGUGUGCUUCCACACUUGGAAAUUGAUGCUGUUCACGAAGACCUGAAGAAUUUGGAGAAUUUGCAGGAGAUUGGAGAAAUCAAUGGCAAGAACCCAGACGUCAUUUUGGACUGCCUGAGCAGCACCCAGUACAAGGAACUUUUGGUCAAGUAUGCGUUGGAUCGGAAGAUCCGUCUGGUCUCGGUGGUUACAACUCCAAGACCGGUGCCAGCAGACCCUUCGCGUGUCGUUGUGGCACCUCUUGGGGAAGUUUGGGCUUGCCUGAGUGCUGUGGCGCUACGUUGUCGUCUUAUCGCACGUUAUGACCUUGGAGAGGAUCCCGCAAUGUUCAAGGACAUUGAGGUGGUUCACUCCCAGGAGCCUGGUUUGUGGGCAAGACACCCGCGCCAAAACAGAGGAGUGGAACACCGCCUCCAACUAGGAGCGACGGCAGCUGCUGUGGCCAUCCUGCGUGUGACUGGUGGGAGUGUUUCACAUCAGGUGGAGCCUUGUGGCAUGACCUUGUGGAAGAAGCUAAGAAAUAGCUUGGAGCGUAUGGAAGCAGGUGGCGAUCAUGCACUGGAUUUGCAUGGAAUUGGAUGUCUUGCUGACUACAUUUGGCGUGGCCGCAGUGCAAUCAGCUCCAUUUUUCUGAAGCAUUCGGACAUGGCCCUGACGCGUUGGGAUGUUUCAAAGCCGAUAGGUUUCGCAAAUCUAGUUCUAAUGACUGCAGAAGAAGCACAGCGCCACCGCUCGUUGGCUCGAAGCACUGGCUCUUUGCCGCUGGCUCUACUUGAAGCUCUGAAAGGAGAGGGUGAAAGGGAAGCCUCUAACGAGGCAGUCGCUCUGAUUCGAACGCACAAACUUUUGCAAAGGAUGCAGGAGCAUUUGGAGGAGAGCUUCUCAGGCUCCGAUCUUAGCCGAUCUAAAGCUGCAAGAGAAUGUAGAUCCAAAGCGUGCAGGCUUGCUGCUGACAACACGCUUCCUCGUGGGGAAUCUGCUUGCUGGGGUAGUUUUGCAGCCUUUGCGGGUCUCGUGGGCGAGACUAAAGUUGUCGAGCUUCGCUGUUUGUCUGAGAGCACCUCAUGCAAAAUUCUUGGCAAGGCGGAGUUUCUCAGCCCCGGGGGGUGCCAAAAGGACCGCGUGGCCCGGCAAAUCAUCCACGAAGCGAAAGCUUCUGGAAGUCUUUCGCCUGGAGGUACAAUUGUGGAGGGCACGUCCGGAAGCACUGGCAUUUCGCUCUGCUUGGCAGCAGCAUCGUCAGGCUACAAAGUUCAUGUUGUGAUGCCUGAUGACCAGGCGGAGGAAAAGGCAGAGCUUUUGCGCCGCUUUGGUGCAACAGUUCAAAUGGUGCGUCCCGCAAGCAUUUCGAGCCCUGAGCAUUAUGUGAAUGUCGCUCGAAAGCAUGCAGAGAAGUUAAACGCCGAAAGUGCGAAUUCUGCAAUUUUUGCAAAUCAGUUCGAGAACUCUGCCAACUUUAGAGCUCACUACCAAACCACUGGACCCGAACUUUGGAGUCAAUGCUUCGACUGUACACCACACAAAUCCUUGGAUGCCUUUGUAAUGAGCGCCGGUACUGGAGGUACUUUGGCGGGAGUUGGCCGCUUUCUCAAGGAACAAGACUCCAGCGUCAAAGUGAUUCUGGCGGAUGUUUCUGGCUCUGCUUUGUAUUACAAAGUCCAAAAAGGUGUUCUCUAUGCACCAGAGCAGGAGGAGCGUUCCAUCCGGAGGCACCGACAAGAUACUAUAGCGGAAGGCAUUGGCAACGACCGCCUUACUGCCAACUUUGCUUUAGGCUUAGAAGAACACAAUGGGGGGUUUCAAGUCAUUGAUAGUGCAGUGCGAGUCUCAGACCAAGAGGCUUUGGACAUGGCACAUCACAUUCUUCGACACGAGGGUCUUUUCUUGGGGAGUUCUGCAGCAGUCAAUUGCGUAGCUGCAGUGAAAGUGGCAAGGAUGCUGCCGAAAGGUAGCACCAUAGCUACCAUCCUUUGCGACAGUGGGCAACGGCACCUGACCAAAUUCUACAACAGCGCGGCAUGGACAGAGUAUGGCCUGAACCCACCAGGCCAACGUUGCUCGCUGGAUUUGUCCUUUGUCAGCUGA